CAACUGGGAUAUAGUAUAUAUACGUAUAUGUACAUGUACAUGCAUGUAUCUCAGUCCUCUCUCCUCAGGCUGUAGCUCAUGUCACUGCCUGCAUGGCAGUCUAAAACUGACUCUAUUAAUUGUUGGUCAUUGCUGGCUCAUAUCUGGAGACAGGAGGAGAUGGACAUGGGUCUACCAAGAGAAGACAAAGGAACAUUAGUUGGGACCACUCUUCCCCUAAUGGGUGCUACACAGAAUGCUCAAGGAAUGCUUCCACUGCCCACCAGACACUACACUGCUGCUAUUGAGGACGUGAGGGAGAAUGUGAGAGCCAAAAUAUAUGCCAUGUGCACCAGAAUAGGUUUUUCUCAUCCAUCUGAUGGCAUAAAUACUGAAGAUAAAAUAACAUUGUGUAUUGUAGAGAAUUAUCUUGAUUUCAAGACAGGUGAGGUUUGGUAUGAAGUAGGCAGUGAAUUGGCACAAGAGGGACUCUGCCCAACCUCACCCGAUCAAGAGUGUCUCCAGGAAAUCAUUCAUUGCUCAGAGGAGAGGGCAGAGGAGGUUACCAGGCAACACAUUGAUGACACGCAUGAAGCAAAGGAGAGACAAGUCACUGCUAUUGAUGCCUCUAGACCCAGUGCCAUCUCAUUAGGUGAAAGGUUCCAUACUACUAAUCAAUCAUCACUAAAUGUUACAACAUUUUGCAGUCGUAACAUCACAAUAGCGACAUCACCAAUGAAAAUACUGUCAGAAAACAAAAUAGGAACAGCAUCUCAAGUAGCACCAGCAACAACAUCUUAAUACAGAUAAACUUUAAUGAAUUUUGUGUUAAAUUAAUAAUUAUUAUUAUUAGUUAUUAUAAUAAUUAUCCACCGUGUAAAGUAGAUAUAAAUAGAA